UUAUAUAUCAAAAUACUGAAAUAAUUGGGAUCUUAUCAACCUUAGUAGCGGAAAUACUUAUAAAACUACAUAAAAUAUACUUAUACAUACUCAAUAGAUGAAAGUAUAUGAUAAUUCAAGAAAAACUAAAACAAAAUGGCGAGAAUGUUAUAUCGUUGGUUUAUAUUAUACUUCGUGUUAUGGAAUUUGAAUCUGCAAAUGGGAUGGGGGAGCGAUACAACACCAAGUGUUUCUUUUUCUCACACCUUGGAUGAAAAUCUAAGGAAAGCCGUAGAGGAUGCCGCAGGAAAUAUCACGAAUGAACUGUUUCAGAGACUCAGUGAAAAGAUAGACGAACUUGGGGAUAAGACUAUUAAAGAUAUUGUUUUGAAAAAAAUAAUGAACAAAUAUACUGAAACCACUGAUAAAAUAAAACAACUUGGCUCGAAUUUAACUAGGACAUUUAGCCAAAAACUGAACGUUACAGAAUCGGAAAUAUUAUCUAAGGUUGAUACAGAAAUUAAUGAAAUCAGCAGUGAUAUUCGAGACAAAUACUUAGAUUUUGAAAAAGAAAUUAAUAACGUUAUAGAUUCAAAACAACAAAUGACAGUAGAACAUUUGAACAAUGCUACAGAAUCAAUGGUGAAAAAUCUAGACACACAACUGGACCAGUUAAUGUUCAAUGUUUCCAGUAACACAUUCGAAGGAUCGAGCAGGACAAUAGUGGCAUUCUCAGCUUUGCUCACACAAAAUGUAUUGAGUGAUGGAACGAAUUAUAUUGCAUUUGAUCACGUGGUGACAAAUAUCGGACAUGGAUAUAACAAAACUGGAGGAUUUUUUACCACUCCGAUGGAUGGUUUUUUCAUGUUUACGUCAGUAUUUCUUGUGGACGAUGGUUAUGUAAACGUUAAGCUUAUAAAGAACGGAAAUGAGGUAGCCCGGGGAUACGCUGCAAAAGAUGUCCGUGAAGGAGCAGGAUUCGUUAGUGUGAUUCUAAAUUUGAAGACUGGUGAUGAAGUAGGUAUCAAAAUGAUUCCCGGAUGGAUCACAGGGUGUAUCAGGGGAGACUACUAUUCAUCUUUUUCUGGAACAAGAGUUGGACAUUAGAAGUGCAACAUAUGUAUUGAACAUCAGUUAAAAAAUAAAAAAAACAAUAAUAUGUUACGUGUUGGAUAACAGCAUA